UCACCAUGCAAAAAACGAAAAGGAUCCAGUACUAAAGACAGACACGCUACAGUAAUCAGGGGCCAACCCACAAGCAGCCAUCAUGGCACCACCUCUCCAAAACCGAAAGCCCAACUGACCAUGCCCUCAACUCCAACUGUACUGAACAGGAGGAACAUUCUGGCGAAGUCUAAAAAUUCAGUAGAACAAGAGCUUGAGAAAAUGCAAGUGCUUCAGAAGGAAAUGCUAGAGAGUCUCAAGAAAAAUGAGCAUUCCAUGAAAGUUGCCAUAUCUGGAGCAGUAGAUAGCCUUUCUGGUUCCAUGAUUCAAGAAGGCUUUGAGCUGGCUACAGCAAAAAGGGCCAAGGAGCGCCAGGAGGUUGAGAAGUGCUUGGCAGAGAUGAAAGCUCGGGAAGAGGAAGAAAGGGAAGAGAUCAAUCAGCUGAGGCAAGAGCUGCCAGUCCAGUCAAACAGAGGAGGAAGGCUUUACAGGACCAACAGCACUAAAGACCAUGAAGCCAAGAAAUUGGGGGUACUAACACUGAGGGCUGAACCGUCCCUCUACUUCGACCCCUCUACUGCCUUGUAAGGACACGGUGGAAGAGCAGAUCCAGAGAACACAACUAACAGCCUCUCCCAGUCCUAGUGGGGGCAGGAAAACACAGGACACACCAGUGAUGGAUAUAAAAUUCACAGAGAGGGGGCUCUUUGGAGAAGUUCAUCUCUGCACAAAGUCUACUGGCCUGAACCUUGUGGUGAAAGUUCUCAGCAGUAAAGAUCGGGAGAUGCCUUUAAAUGAAAUCCAAGUGAUGAACCAGUUGGAUCACCCUUAUAUCAUGCAGAUGUUUGAUGAGGUGGAGAUGCCCAAUGAGAUCUUUUUCAUUCUAGAAUAGUCCCAUUACAGAUUUGGAA